AUGGACAAGAAAGAUUCGAUAGAUAACGUGGAAAUGCGCCUUCAGGCUUUGGAGAAUCACAUAUAUGGAGAAAGAAGAAAUAAAAAUGCGAAACCUUUAAAGUGUGCAGAGGCUCUAGCCAGAAUCCAGGCCGACCUGACGAACACGGCCAACAAGAGAGAGCGAGUCAAGAUUCUUCACAAGAAAAUUGAGGACCUGAUGAAGUACUUGGACCCGCAAUUCACCGAUCACAUCGCUGUGCCCGACACCAUGAAGCUGGAGUUUAUCCUCGCUGAGGAGGACUUCCUGCUCUCCCAAGCUGCUUUGCUGGAGCAGAUUAGCAACCUGCAGCCAAUGCUGGAGAGCACCUACAUCCGAGAUGUUCCUGAGCACGCUACAAAGCUCCAGCGUCUGUCCCAAAUUCAUAUCAAACAGCAGGACCAGACGGAUGCUCAGUCGUUGGAAGUCAAGCAGCUUUUUGACGAAUACGACAAAAUGAUGUCCCUGCUGUCCAAGCAGUUCGCCCAAUGGGACAAAAACCUGAGGAAACUGGAGGAGGACAAGGGCAUCCGGCCUGUGGAGUAA